CGCCCCCGCAUCCCUCCAGCCCCGCUCACCUGGCUCUCGGACCCGAGUUACCCACCUCCUAACGUCGGGGGCCUCUGCUCUCCAGAGGACCCGGGUCUGCAUCGCAGUCCCCGGGCCUGAAACCCGGAGCUGCGGGCCUGGGUGGGGUGAGCUCCCUCCGCCCCAGCCCGGCUGCUAAGAAGGGAGGAUUCCGCCCUUGGAGAUGACUUUUGAAAGGAGCGCGGCCUUCCUCCCGUGCCCCUCACCUCCCCGGCCUCUCCCGUCCCUCGCCCACUUUGGGGGUAGGAGUUGGCUCCCGCCGCCUACACUGCUCCUCCAGGCCCCGAAGGUAGAGAACAGCGCGCACCUGGAGGCUCUGGGGCUCUCCGCCCCCGUUCCCACCGGCUGGCCUGGCCUCUCUCUUUCCCUGGUCUCUAGGGGGCUCCCUCACUCCCUGUCCAUUCCUGUGCCCCUCUCCUUUGCAGUUGGCUUGGAUGCGGCCGGCAAGACUACGAUCCUCUACAAACUGAAGUUGGGGGAGAUUGUCACCACUAUCCCCACCAUAGGUUUCAAUGUGGAAACAGUGGAAUAUAAGAACAUCUGUUUUACAGUCUGGGAUGUGGGAGGCCAGGACAAGAUUCGGCCUCUGUGGCGGCACUACUUCCAGAACACUCAGGGCCUCAUCUUUGUGGUAGACAGUAAUGACCGAGAGCGGGUCCAGGAAUCUGCUGAUGAACUACAGAAGAUGCUCCAGGAGGAUGAGCUACGGGAUGCAGUGCUGCUGGUAUUUGCCAACAAGCAGGAUAUGCCCAAUGCCAUGCCCGUGAGCGAGCUGACCGACAAGCUGGGGCUACAGCACUUGCGCAGCCGCACGUGGUACGUCCAGGCCACCUGUGCGACUCAAGGCACAGGCCUGUAUGAUGGGCUGGACUGGCUGUCCCAUGAGCUGUCAAAGCGCUAACCAGCCAGGGGCAGGCCCCUGCUGCCCAGAAGCUCCCGUGUGCAUCCCGGGGAUGACAAGACUCACGGAUUCCUCAGGCAGUGCCCUUGCCUCCACUCUUCCUCCCCACAGACAGGCCUCUGCUCGUGCUCCUGCCUGCAUGUUCUCUCUGUCGUUGGAGCCCAGAGCCCUGCUCUCUGGGCACAGAGGGGUUCUCCCUCCUGCCUGCUGGGACCUGUGGAAGGGCUUCCUGGCCAAGGCCCCCUUUUCCAGAAGAGAAGCAGGGAUCUGGGUUUACUUUUGUUUUAUUUUCUCUUUGGGCUGUACCCUUGGGGCCAGGUUUGGGGGGGAAAGUGAGGGCUGUGGGUGGUGCUAUGAUGUGAAACUGGAUAUUGAGUAAUAAAUUUGCUGUGGUUUGUAC